AUGGGCUGCGUAGCUUGCUUCCCUUCGAAUAUGUGUACAGUAAACGGUCAGGGCGUAACGAAGAAACAAAGCCGGAGAAGAGGGCUUUUUCUUAGCGGAGCAAUUAUCUUAUCCUUUUCCCGUAUACUCUAUAAGAGCAUGGAUCGGUACCAGAAGGUGGAGAAACCAAAGGUGGAAACACUAAUUGAUGAGAAUGAGAUACGUAUUACAAGCCAGGGAAGGAUGCGGAGCUAUAUCACUUAUGCGAUGAGUCUGCUUCAGGAGAAGGGUUCAGAUGACAUUGUGUUCAAGGCAAUGGGGAGAGCUAUCAAUAAAACUGUUACAAUUGUGGAAUUAAUUAAGAGGAGAAUUAUUGGUCUUCACCAAAUUUCAUCGAUCCAAUCCACUGACAUAACUGACACAUGGGAACCCCUAGAGGAAGGCCUCCAAACUCUGGAAACCACAAGGAAAGUUUCGAUGAUAACAAUUAAGCUUUCUAAAAAGGAGUUGGAUAUCAAAAAUAUUGGAUACCAACUACCGUUACCAGCUGAUCAGGUGAAGGUAUCAACUGAGCUUGAGUAUGAAGGAGAUGGAUCUCCCGCUACUCAAAGAAGAGGUCGAGGUGGCAGAGGGCGGGGGAGGUCAAGAGCCACAUCUGGAAAUGGUUUUGCAUCUGCUGAGCAUGAGGAUGGAAGUUAUGGGUGGAAUCGUGGGUACCCCAGGGGUAGGGGACGAGGCAGAGGUCGCAAUUUCCGUGGCCGUGGGAGGGGAGGGUACAAUGGUCCGCGGGUAGAAAUUCAGCGUGACAGUGAAGGCUAUAAUCAAGAACCAUCAGUUCGAGGUCGUGGCCGUGGGAGGGGGACUCGUGGCAGGGGUCGUGGAUUCCCGUCUAAUGGGCCAAUCCAUGCUACAGCUGGAACUAACUUGGAAGUUCCUGACCACAUACGAGUGGUUGAGCCGUUUUGUUUUCUAUUCUUAACCAUUAGUUUUUAUAGUUGGAUAUUAAUAAGGUGUAAUUUGAUUAGCAAGAGCAUUCUUUAA